GUAACCGGUUCGAAGGUUCUCAAACGCUCCAGCUGUCAAGUGUUGUAUUCCGGGAGCAAGAUCUGUUUCCUUCUCCGCUUUAUUAGUGGGCCUAUUUCCAGUCAAACAUAAAUGUUCCUUAACUAUGGCUGAUGCAACUAAAGCUGAAAAAUUAGCUGCAGCUAGAAAAAAAUUGAAACAGUUUCAGCAGAAAAAUAAGGAUGCCAAUUCUACUGUUAAGUCUACGUCACCUAGUAUAAAAUCAAAUUCCCCAGUAGAUAACAGUUUUGUCCCCAAAGAUCAGCCUCAAAUUUCAGACAAUGUAAUCAGUGGAGAAGGAUUGGUAGCUGAUAACAGUACUGUCCAACAGCAGCCUACACCACCAUUUCAAGUAGAUUCUCCUAAACAAGAAUUAACUCAUCUUUUUAGCAAUGAUGCCAAUAAAAAUGAGAAAUAUGAAAGCUUUUUUGAUAAUGUAUCAUCCAAAUUUAAUGAAAUCAAACAAAUUAAUCCGUUUGUUGAAAACAAAGUGGACUCUGGUCAGAGUCAAGAAUUUCAUGAUCAAUUAAGAUAUUCUAACGGAGACCAAAAACUAAAUGAAUUCAACAGUUUAAUCAACUCUACUGCUAAAGAUGAAAAACAACUUGUGAAUCGUGUCGAAGAAUUAGAACAUCUGCUAUCUUCAGAAAAAAGAGUGAAUGUUGAAUUUCAAUCUAAGCUUGCUGAGAGUCAUAAUCACAUUCUAACUCUUCAAUAUGAGAUAAAAAGGUUGAACGAAUUGCAAAAUCAAAGAAUCAGUGAUGAAGUAUCAGAGUUGGAAAAGAAAAUUAAAGUUCAUUUACAAACAAUAGAAAUUCUUGUUACAGAAAAAACUGAAUUUCAAAAAGAGAUAAUGCUUCUGCAAGAAACUAUUAGUACAAAUAACAGCAAGUGUGAAGAAUUAGCAAGUCGUUUAAAGGCUUCUAGGUGUCAAGUUCAGAAGCUGGAAAAAGAAUUAUCAGAUUUUUCAUCAAACAGGACACUGCAGACUAAUUCUUUAAAAACUCUAGAAGAUAGCAUUACCCAAAAGGAUGUUUUAAUUAAUGAUCUGACGCAGAAGUUGACUGAUGCACAAAAUGAAAUUAAGGAACUUAAUAAGAGGGUUGAUUUAGAAACUAUGAACAGUUCUAGUUUAAAAAAAGAUUUAAUCGAAAUGGAAAAACAAUUAUCAAUGGCUCAGAUUAAAUUGACACAAUUAGGCUCAGAGACUGGAAGUGAUAUUUUCAAGGAACACGAAAAACUAAAAAGCGAAUUGGAAAUUGCUCGGAAAGAUGCCGAAAAGGCAUGGGAAGAAGGAAAAAGGUGUGAAACCGAAUUGAGGCAAUAUAUAACCAAUCUAAAUACACAAGUUCUACAAGCUAAUGCUAAGUGUGAAAGUGCUGAAAGAGAUAAAGACAAUAUUUCUUCAAGAGCAGACAUGUUAGUUCAGCACAUCUCAGAUCUUGAGAAACAGUUAAACCAUGAAAGAAAUUUGAGAGAGUCUAUGAAUGAAACCGAAGCCAUUCAAAAAUUAAAAGAAGGACUACAACAGAAGGAUCAAUCUUUAAUUGAAAAGGAAAAUGAACUUAAACAAGUUUUAGAAGAAUUAGAGAAAAUAAAAGAAAAAUUAAGCGAAGCUGUAAUUUGGAAAGAAAACGUACCAGACAUGGGACUUCUUCAACAAGCGAUGGAAAGUGACAGAGUUGCAGCAGCUAGGGCGAUAGAGCAAAAUAAUGCGCUCAAGCAAAAACUACAAGAACUAGAAGAAUACAUAAUCAAAAUAAAUAACAGUAAAUUGGAAUUGACAGAAGAGUUGGACAAGCAAAAACAUAUGGCCGGGGAAUUUAGAUUGCAAUUAGAGAAGCACAAAACUAGACAGGAAACGAGAAUGGUUGAUUCAGUUACUCAAACCGGUUUAGUUAAGAAAUCAGAUUCUGUUUCUCAAACUACCUACCAUGAUUUUAUCGCAGACUCUCAACCUCAUGAACCAGUUUCUGUGGAGACAAUGGUAAUGAUUGAAAAUAAACUGAAAAAGACAAUGGACAAAAUAGCUGAGCUUUCCGAUGAAAAACAACGCCUUGAACAUCUUGUUCUACAACUGCAAAGUGAAACAGAAACUAUUGGGGAAUAUGUCACAUUAUAUCAAAAUCAGAGAUCUCUAUUGAAAGAGAAGGCAGAAGAGAGAGAAAGACAAAUGACAUUGAUAGCGAAAGAAAGAGAAGAGCUGAAAACAAAACUUGAUCAAAUCAAUACGUUGUUGGCCCGUUUUCCACACAAUCCUGAUGUGGAAGAUACUACCUGCAAAAUCAGCAGUUUGCUCGGAGAAAUUCAAAGCAGCAGCAUUGUACAAGAACCAUCAGGAGCUCCACCGACUUUUCAUCCUUGCUUGUUAUGUUCAGGAAAACUGAUUAAUGUUUAGAACUAUAUUUAAUCAAUAAUUGUAUAUUAUUUAGUUAGCUUUUGCAAUACCAUUUAUAAAUAUUUUAGAUUUUAAAAAGUAAAUGAAAAAAUAUUUUAUGUAUAUAAUCAAGGUAUAUGAUUGUAUAUACUUGACAAAUUGUAUAUUUAUAUACUAUAAUGAUUUAAAAAGUUAAAUUUUAUAAUUUUAAUCUGCUUAAAAAAAAUAAUAAAGUGUUGAUAAAUAAAAUGUUUAUUUUUUCUUAAUAAAUAAAUUUUUAAAAUAUCUGAA